AUGAGGGGUUUCGUAGAUGAUCGUAAUGUGCUAGAUCUUCCAGUAGCAAAGCGUCGUUCUUCUAGUGAAAUAGAUUCAGAGUGGUGGGAGACACCAGAACAUGGUUAUCAGGCAGGGUCACCAGAGGAGACUGGGCAAGUCGGUCCGAGAACUUCAUGCCGCUGUCAGAUUAUACGAAGUGUCAGUCAAUGGUCUGCUGGAACAUGUCAAGUUGAAGAGAGUAUCCAUUCUGCUUACCGUUCUCUCAUUGAUAAAGCUGAACAUUUCAUCUACAUUGAGAACCAGUUUUUCAUAUCAGGUCUUUCUGGAGAUGACACAAUAAAGAACCGUGUCUUAGAAGCGUUGUACAAGAGGAUUUUGCGUGCCCAUAACGAGAAGAAAAGUUUCAGGGUUGUUGUUGUUAUACCUCUCCUCCCAGGGUUCCAGGGAGGUAUUGACGACAGCGGUGCAGCAUCUGUAAGAGCCAUAAUGCAUUGGCAGUAUCGAACCAUGUACAGAGGACAGAAUUCAAUAUUGAAAAAUCUUUACAAUACUAUUGGUCCGAAGGCUCAUGAGUAUAUAUCCUUCUACGGCCUUAGGGCGUAUGGUAAACUUUCUGAAGAUGGACCUGUCGCCACUAGUCAGGUGUAUGUUCACAGUAAAAUCAUGAUAGUUGAUGACCGUGCAGCAUUGGUUGGAUCUGCCAAUAUCAACGACAGGAGUUUGCUUGGCUCAAGGGAUUCUGAGAUUGGAGUACUAAUCGAAGACAAAGAGUUGGUAGAUUCGCGCAUGGCAGGAAAACCAUGGAAGGCUGGAAAGUUUGCUUUAAGCCUUAGGCUCUCUCUGUGGUCUGAACACCUGGGACUUCGUAGUGGAGAGAUUGAUCAGAUAAUCGAUCCAGUCUCUGAUUCAACCUACAGGGAGAUAUGGAUGGCAACCGCAAAGACAAACACAAUGAUAUAUCAGGAUGUCUUCUCUUGCGUGCCCAAUGAUCUCAUCCACUCAAGAAUGGCGUUCAGACAAAGCCUAGCGUAUUGGAAGGAGAAACUGGGACACACAACGAUCGACUUGGGAAUAGCACCAGAGAAGCUGGAGUCUUACCACAAUGGAGACAUCAAGAGAAGCGAUCCUAUGGACAGACUAAAGUCGGUAAGGGGACAUCUCGUCUCUUUCCCUUUAGAUUUCAUGUGCAAAGAAGAUCUUAGACCUGUCUUCAACGAGAGUGAAUACUACGCCUCCUCUCAAGUCUUCCAUUGA